CUUAUAUUCGUAUAAAAUUGAGGAUCGCAGCGUCAUAAGCUUAGUGCUUAAAGGAUCAAACAUUUUGAGUGGUUGUAUUUCAUAUCAAGCGGAAACAAAAAAAAAUGAGAGAAAUCGUUCACCUUCAGGCUGGCCAAUGCGGCAACCAGAUUGGUGCUAAGUUUUGGGAGGUCAUCAGUGACGAGCAUGGGAUUGAUCCGACUGGCACUUACCAUGGUGACAGUGACCUGCAGCUGGAAAGGAUCAAUGUGUACUACAACGAAGCAUCAGGUGGUAAAUAUGUUCCUCGUGCUGUGCUGGUUGACUUGGAGCCGGGAACUAUGGACUCUGUGAGGUCUGGAGCUUUUGGUCAAGUUUUCAGACCAGACAACUUUGUCUUUGGUCAGAGUGGAGCUGGCAACAACUGGGCUAAGGGCCAUUAUACAGAAGGUGCAGAGUUGGUGGACUCUGUCUUGGAUGUGGUGAGGAAGGAAGCAGAGAGCUGUGAUUGCCUCCAGGGUUUUCAGCUGACCCACUCUCUAGGUGGCGGUACUGGCUCCGGCAUGGGAACACUGCUCAUCAGCAAGAUCCGUGAAGAGUACCCCGACCGUAUCAUGAAUACUUUCAGUGUUGUGCCAUCUCCAAAAGUAUCAGACACGGUUGUGGAGCCGUACAAUGCCACUUUGUCGGUCCACCAGCUGGUAGAAAACACAGAUGAAACUUACUGUAUUGAUAAUGAGGCUUUGUAUGAUAUCUGCUUCCGUACGCUCAAGCUUACAACCCCCUCAUAUGGUGACCUCAACCACUUGGUCUCUGCUACCAUGAGUGGCGUCACCACCUGUCUCAGGUUCCCUGGGCAGCUCAACGCUGACCUGCGUAAGCUAGCAGUGAAUAUGGUGCCAUUCCCCCGUCUGCACUUCUUCAUGCCAGGCUUCGCUCCCCUCACCAGCAGAGGUAGUCAACAGUACAGAUCCCUGACAGUACCUGAGCUGACCCAGCAGAUGUUUGAUGCCAAGAACAUGAUGGCCGCCUGUGACCCACGCCAUGGCCGCUACCUGACAGUGGCUGCCAUCUUCCGUGGCCGCAUGUCCAUGAAGGAAGUGGAUGAGCAGAUGCUGAAUGUGCAGAAUAAGAACAGCAGCUAUUUCGUAGAGUGGAUUCCAAACAACGUCAAGACCGCUGUGUGCGAUAUUCCUCCCCGUGGUCUCAAGAUGGCUGCCACCUUCAUUGGAAAUAGUACCGCCAUCCAGGAGCUCUUCAAGCGCAUCUCUGAGCAGUUCACGGCUAUGUUCAGGCGCAAAGCUUUCCUCCACUGGUACACCGGUGAGGGCAUGGAUGAGAUGGAGUUCACUGAAGCGGAGAGCAACAUGAACGACCUGGUCUCAGAGUACCAGCAGUAUCAGGAUGCCACUGCUGAGGAGGAGGGUGAGUUUGAUGAACAUGAGGAGGAUGUCCUGGAGUAAAUGGGACAGCCAACCCCUU